GACCGUGGGUGUGCGCGCCGGCGGCGACGACCGAGACCGCUCGAUGGACCGCGCAGGCGCGCUGCUACCUACCGAAAAAAAAAAAAAAAGCGGGUCGGGCGCCUCCUGGCGCCGGCUGGUAGCAGCAGCAGCGACGACCGCGGAGGCUGCAAGCAGCAGCAUCAAGCGGCCAUGGUUCCCAGGCUGCGGCGAUCGUGGUCGUCGACGACGACGGCGACAACCGUGAUGGCGGGCGGCAGCAUCGCAAGUUUGGUCUUCGUGUUUCGCGCGCGAUGAAGACGGCGGCGACGACGGGUGGCUGGCGGCCGGCCGCCUUGUGUGUGCUCCUGCUCGCGCUGGCCGCCGGGGCCGAGUUCACGCGCCUCAGCUCGCGCACGGUGACGACCAAGUACGGCGCGCUCAAGGGCUACAUCGAGACGCCCGUGCCGCCCGCGCCGCCCGGGACGCAGCAGCAGGGCCAGCAGUCCUCCCGCCAGCAGCAGCACCAGCAACUUCAGCCCGUCGAGGUGUUCCUGGGCGUGCCGUACGCGGCACCUCCGACGGGGGCCAUGCGCUUCAUGCCCCCGGUGUCGCCGGCCCACUGGAGCGGCGUGCGCAUGGCCGACCGCCUGGCGCCCGUGUGCCCGCAGCGGCUGCCCGACAUCGGCUCCGAGAGCGAGGCCGUCAAGCGCAUGCCCCUGGGCAGGCUCGAGUACCUGCGCCGCCUGCUGCCGCACCUGCAGCGGCACAGCGAGGACUGCCUCUACCUCAACAUCUACACGCCGGCCAUCGUGGGCCGAGACGCGGUGCGACUCCCGGUGCUGAUGUUCAUCCACGGCGAGUCGUACGAGUGGAACUCGGGCAACCCUUACGACGGCACCGUUAUGGCCUCGCUCGGAAACGUGGUCGUGGUCACCAUCAACUUCCGCCUGGGCAUCCUCGGCUUCCUUCCGGCGAUGGGCAACAGCGCACGGGCCAACAACGGCCUGCUGGACCAGAUCGCGGCCCUGCACUGGAUCCGCGACAACAUCGCCGAGUUCGGCGGCGACCCCGCCAACGUGACGCUGGCCGGCCACGGCACUGGGGCCGCCAUGGCGCACCUGCUGCUGUUGGCGCCCAUGGCCCAGUCGCUGGUGCACCGCGCCCUCCUGAUGUCCGGCUCGGCGCUCAGCCCGUGGGCGCUGGCCCGGGACGCGCACGCGCACGCGCGUCACGUGGCCCGCGCCCUCGACUGCCCCGUGGCCGAAGAAGAAGGGCUCGUCGAGUGCCUGCGGCUGCGACCCGUGGGCGACCUGCUGCGCGUGCCGCUGUCCGUGCCCGACCACCUGAGCGCGUUCGGCCCCACGGUGGACGGCAUCGUGCUGCGCGCCGAGCCCCUGGAGCUGACCGAGUCCCUCGCCUCGUCGGGCCGCCGCCUCGAGCUGAUGAUGGGCGUGUCGCGGUUCGAGUCGUACUUCUUUGUGAGCGCCUCGGAGGAGAAGUACGGCAUCGAGGCGGACCGGCGGGACCGGCUGCUGCGCACGCUGGUGCGCAACCUCUUCUCCUUCCACCAGCAGGAGAUAUUCCUGACUAUCGUCAACGAGUACACGGACUGGACGAAGCCCUUCCAGCACCCGCUCAACAUCCUGGACAGCACUGGCGAGGCCGUGGGCGACGCGCUCGUGGUGGCUCCGCUGGUUCGCGCCGCGGGCCUGAUGUCCCGUGUCGCGCCCACCUUCCUGUACGUGUUCGCGCACCAGGCCGAGCUCUCGUCGGACUACCCGAGCCGGCUCGGAUGCGUGCACGGCGAGGAGCUGGCCUUCGUGUUCGGCGCGCCGCUCGUCGCAGCCCUGGGACACUUUGGCCGCAACUACAGCCGGCCCGAGCAGGCGCUCGCCGAGGCCACCGUCGUGUUCUGGACAAACUUCGUCAAGUUCGGGGACCCCAGUUACACGGGACACGGCGGUGGAUUGACCGGGAGCGAACUGCACGCGAAGGGGCGCUUCGAGCGCAUUGCUUGGCCACCUUACGAACCGGCGCAUCAAAAGUACCUACUCAUCGGGUUGAAGCCCAAGGUGAAGGACCACUACCACGCACACCGGCUCUCGCUGUGGCUGCACCUGAUACCGCAGCUGCACCGGCCGGGUGCCCCCGAGGCGCACCACUUGCUCGAGGACCACGACAACCCGCUCAGCUACGACGGCCACGUGCGUUCCCUGGACGGCGUCGCUCCCGCAUCCUCGUCCUCUUCGUCCUCGUCCACGGCGCCCAGCAGCAGCAGCACCAGCAGCAGCAGCAGCGCCGCCCCGCUGUCGCCGGCGCCCGGUGUGCCGCAGGCAUCGCAGGGCAACGAGAGUGGCGCGUGGCCCGCCGAGGCGGCGUCGACGGCCCGGCCCCUGUGGGAACCGCUGUCCGGCGGCGGCUACUCGACCGCGCUCAGCGUCACCAUCGCCGUCGGCUGCUCGCUGCUCGUGCUCAACGUGCUCAUCUUCGCCGGCGUCUACUACCAGCGCGACAAGACGCGGCUGGAGGCCAAGCUGCACAAGCGAAGCUACAAGCUGGCCAAGCCCGGUGAGCCACCCCACCUGACCACCGCGGGCGGGAAGCCGCUCGCGCUGCGCGCGCCGCCGCCGUCGCCCGUGGGGCCCGCCGGCGGAGGCGGCGGCGGCUGCGGCGGUGGCGCCAACAUGGCGGGCGCCGGCAACGCUGCCACGCUGCCGCCCAAGGCGCCGCCGCCGAUGCCCGAGGCACAGCCGCUGCUCGCGCAGGGCGCCAGCCUGGCGCGGCUCGUCCUGCGCACCCGACCGCCAGAGCCUCAAGAGAACGUGUGUGUGAUGCAGUGGAGGAAGCCUGGCUGCCUGCCCCCCUCCGGAGCCCCUGGCUCCGGAUAGCAGACGCCCACCUCCGGCACUCUCCGGCGAGCCCGACGAGAUGCGGGCCUCGACUGCACCGGCUGUUGAGGGCUGAGACCAGCUUGGUAUCUUGUCGGUACCGCAGCACGGCCUUCAGCUGAGAUGUGCCAAGUCAUCGCCCACGUGUGCUGCUCGGUGUGCGUGUCGCACUGCUACGUCGGGCUGAACACUGCCGUGCUGGUGCAGGGCCGGAGUGCGGAGAGUGCGGGAGGGUACGGUGUACAGCGCGGGAACGCUUCUUCGGCGCCGGGCGCUGUGUCGUCCUGCUUGUGCAUGCGCGGGAGCGGACGUGUUUGCUGUGUCCAACGCCGCUGUACUUGAGACAUUCUGUGCUGGGACACAAUGGCCAUAAUCGCCGCGAAGAUCAAACACAAGCGAGCUGGGAAUUUCGCCCCGGUGUCUGGGUUGCGGAAAUUUCGUUCGCGUCCGCAGCAACUUGUCACGCUGCAGUGGUCUGUGAGUGCUUGAAAGACUGUGGCUAUCGGCGGGUAGCCUCCUUCGCGCGCAAAAUGUCAGGUUGAGGUGGGACCUCUGUGAACGAAGGCGACUGUAUAAUUCAUGCGUUGUACUUUGUCCGGCGACCAUGUUUUCCAUCGACCUGUUCGGCGAAGACGCAGACUGCUGGCCGAAGUGUCGUAGACACCAGCGCCUUUGCGCACAUAUCUCAUCGUUCAGCACGUUAUAUAGCGCGAUAGCGGGCUACUCGCGCGCAAGCCUACCACGAGGCCAAAUCUUUUAUUUCUUUUGCUUUGCAUUGAACGUGUGUCACGAUUUUACAUUCUGCCACGUUAGAGUGAGAGAACACUGCCAGAGCGACUCGUCCUGGACAGUUUUCACCAAGUUGUGUGCUCACGGGAAAUAUCAAAUCGCGGAGGAUUAAGCGCCCACCGUCUGCCCACUUUGUACCAUCUGGCGCGUUUCAUUCACAAUCUGACGCGUGGCCCUUACGAAACCGCUAGUCGUGGACGGGUUUUUUUCCAACGCACGGUUCGCCGACGAGCAGGCAGCCGCUCGGGAACAACCAACAGUCUCGACCGAGAGCCAGGCCACCUAGGCUUGGCUAGCAAGUUUUACCAGCGAGGUUGCCAAAGUUGGUGGCUGGAUUCGUCAGCAAGCAGGGACAAGCAAGACGUACCGACAUCCGAAAUUAAACGAGGCUGCAGCGAGCAAUUACUGCCACCGUAUUUAGCUGGACGUGAAGCCAUCUGCGCUCUGCCAGCAAUCAUCACCUGCUUAUUUGAACUUAGUAGUUGGCGGCCCUGUUCGCUAGCAAGCUGGACCAACAAAGCUUUAUAAGUUGGCAGAAGCUUCACUUGGCUAUUUCUGCCAUUGAGUCUGGCCGAACGAAAAGUCAAAUGAGCGCGGUCGGCAAGUUUCACUAGCCCGACGGCGCAACGCUUAUGUUUCGUUUGGUCGCCAAGCUGAGACAAACAACUUCUACCAGCAGGUUUGGUUGACGCUACGCUUCACGACUCGGGCUCUGUGUUGACGUAAAAGCCAAGCGAAUUCAGCCAGCAAGCUCCACCUACUCUGUUGGCCAAAACCUGUGGCCCGAUAUGUAGCAAGAUGGACCAAGUGAGUUCUGCCAGCCAACGCUAUGGCUCGACCAUUCCUACCGCCGAGCUCAUGAGCCGGGCUAAGUUCGGCAAGCAAAUUCUAAUAAGUUUAUUGAGGAGGCUGUUCCAGAAAGUCUGGCUAACCCUUCAAAGCACUCGCCUCAGCCCUGAGGCACAUCACCUGAGAGCUCAGCCAACCAUUUUCAUCGGCAAGGGUGGCCGAGGCUGAGGUCACUGACUUCUGUCACCGACAAUGGUAGAAGGAGCGGGCAUCAAGCUUCGGCCAGCGACUUCCGUUUGCCGCAUUGGUCGAAGGUGCAGCGAAGAACCUCGGCCAAUGUCGGAUACAGACCAAAGCGUCGGAGUCGAGUUCUGUCGACAAGUUCUGCCAGGUUCUACCGGCUGGACUGAUUCAAAGGACAUCCGCCGAAUUCCGGUGGCGAGUUGUCUCAGAACUUAUUUGUUGCCGGAGCUGCGCCUCAGUCGGCGCGGUUGUGGUUAUGGUGGACGUCGAUCGCUGCGUGUUGUGCUCCGUGUACAGUGCCCCGUUGUGUGGAACGUCCAGUUUGUUACGCCCCCGAUAUACGAGAAAAUCGUCGAGAACAAUGACUCUAAGGAAGUGAACACGUGUAUGUGUACAAUCACAAUGCCAGUAAAAGGAAAACAGCGAGACGUGUACGAAACGUUUGAAUCGAGGGGAUCAUAUCAUAAAACACGCAUGUAUACCCACUGACUCCCGUGCAUGUCUGACGUUUUCACGUGUUUGUCCAAACACUUUGUCGGUGUAUCUUUAUUAUAUUGUUUAGCGAUCGC